AUGGAGGAAAACCCGCAUCGAGUUUCACGUAGAAACGAUGUCGGAACCCACUGUCAAAACGACGCCGUCGAAGAAGAAUCCCGUCGACAACGUCAUGCUCACGUCGAUGAAGGCAGAUGCUCAGGCAAGAGAUGCCGGUCGUGGGCGGCUGCGGCUAUUGCUGAUUGUGUAGCGCUCUGUUGCUGUCCUUGUGCGAUCAUAAACUUUCUUACUCUCACUUUCGUCAAGGUCCCUUGGAUGAUAGGCCGGCGAUGCUUAGGACGCAGCCGGAAGAAGAAGAAGAACAAGAACAAGAACAAGCGGAGGCUACACAAGAGACCACGCCGCGGGAAAAUCAAUGUUGAAACGGCCGAGGGAGAUGAUGAUGAUGAUCAUCAUCAUCGGUAUGUGGUGGAGAGAGAUGGGAGUUUAACUAAGGAGGAGGAGGAGGAGAAAACGACGUCGGUUAGAGGAGAUGAAGAGUCGAGAACAAGUGCAAGAAUUGAAGCAGAGAGAGUGUGGUUAGAGUUGUAUCAGAUUGGUCAUCUUGGAUUUGGUAGAGUCUCUUUCACUGAGAUUCAAUGAUUAGAAUCGAUUGUUUUUAGGAUUUUUGAAAAGUUGAUGUCCUGAAAUUUCGGAGAAUGUAUAAUGUGAAU